AUGAUGUCUACUCAACGCCUCUCAAGAUUCGCCUUUCAGGCUCGACACCAGAAGCCGAUCGAAUCAGCGAAACGCAACUUCUCGUCGACAAAGGCACGAUGCGGGUCGUAUGAGCAGGACACCAUCGCCAACUUGAAGAUAGGAAAAGGGACAAAAGUCAUUUACCAAGGGUUUACCGGAAGAGCUGCGACGAUAAACGCAAAAGACACUAUUGAAUAUGGGACCAAUGUUGUUGGGGGUGUUUCUCCAGGAAAAGGGGGACAAAGGCACUUAGGCCUUCCCGUCUUUUCCACUGUAAGAGAGGCAAUGAAGGAGGUUAGACCGCACGCAAGCGCUGUGUUUGUUCCAGCACAAUUUGCAGCCAGCGCCAUCAUUGAAGCCAUCGAAGCUGAGGUACCCCUAGUUGUAUCUGUUGCAGAACAUGUGCCAGUUCACGACAUGGCUCGGGUCCAAGAAAUACUAAGAACUCAGACCAAGACUCGCCUAGUGGGACCAAACUGUCCCGGGAUAAUAGCGCCAGAUCAGUGCCGUAUCGGCAUCAUGCCGUACAAACAAUACCGUAGAGGCAUAGUUGGCAUCGUUUCGAAAAGUGGAACUCUUAGCUAUGAAGCUGUUGGCUCCACGACGAAGGCAGGACUCGGACAGAGCAUUGUUGUUGGGAUGGGAGGAGACACUAUGCCAGGUACUACCCUUCUUGAUGGCCUGCGGCUAUUUUUUGAACAUGACGAGACAAAGGGCAUCAUUGUCAUAGGGGAAAUCGGUGGUGAAGCCGAAAUCAGGGCAGCCGAGGCAAUUAGAGAGUAUAAGAGGGCCACGUCCAACCCGAAGCCAAUCAUUGCCAUGGUUGCAGGUAGAACGGCGCCGCAGGGCAAGACUAUGGGACAUGCGGGUGCGUUAUUGACGCCGAGAGAUGUGCCGGCGGAUGUAAAAGCUAGGGCACUGGAGGAAUCAGGUGCUGUGGUAGUGCCCCAUCCGGGAGUAAUGGGCAGCGAGAUGAAGAGGCUUCUCGGCAUUUAA